GGAUUCAGCUGCCGUUUCAUUACGAGUAGCAAAGACUGAAACCCCUAGAAAACCCCACUCCUCUUCACUACUUCCGUUGAAGUUGUAAGCACUCGUUUCAUUUCGUCGCUGCUUUUUCUUCUCUCGAAAAUGUCUCUGCGAGUGCUGAACCCUAACGCCGAAGUGCUGAACAAAUCGGCGGCACUUCACAUGACCAUCAAUGCCGCCAAGGGUUUGCAAGAUGUCCUCAAAACCAACCUCGGUCCCAAAGGAACAAUCAAAAUGCUCGUUGGUGGCGCUGGUGAUAUUAAGCUUACCAAAGAUGGCAACACUCUCUUGAAAGAGAUGCAAAUCCAGAACCCGACGGCGAUUAUGAUUGCAAGGACCGCUGUGGCGCAGGAUGACGCUAGUGGAGAUGGCACCACUUCCACUGUCAUCUUCAUUGGCGAACUUAUGAAACAAUCGGAACGUUACAUUGAUGAAGGUAUGCAUCCACGUGUGUUGGUUGAUGGUUUUGAUAUUGCAAAGAGAGCAACUCUGCAAUUCCUUGAAAAGUUUAAGACUCCUGUUGUGAUGGGUGGUGAGCCGGAUAAAGAGAUUCUCAAGAUGGUAGCUAGAACAACCGUGAGGACAAAGUUGUAUGAAUCACUCGCCGAUCAAUUGACUGACAUAAUUGUUAAUGCGGUUUUAUGCAUCCGGAAGCCUGAGGAAGAUAUUGAUCUUUUUAUGGUGGAGAUUAUGCAUAUGCGACACAAGUUUGAUGUUGACACACGCUUGGUCGAGGGUCUUGUCCUUGAUCAUGGUUCUAGGCACCCUGACAUGAAACGACGGGCAGAAAAUUGCUAUAUCUUGACGUGUAAUGUAUCUUUAGAAUAUGAGAAGAGUGAGGUAAAUGCAGGUUUUUUCUACUCAAAUGCGGAACAGAGGGAGGCUAUGGUUGCUGCUGAAAGACGGCAGGUUGAUGAGAGAGUUAAGAAAAUCAUUGAACUGAAGAAUAAGGUUUGUUCUGAUAAUGAUAGUAAUUUUGUUGUCAUCAACCAAAAGGGAAUUGAUCCUCCAUCACUGGACCUCCUUGCAAGGGAAGGGAUAAUUGCCCUACGGAGAGCAAAGAGAAGAAACAUGGAAAGAUUGGUUUUGGCCUGUGGAGGAGAGGCAGUAAACUCGGUAGAUGAUUUGACUCCUGAUUGUCUGGGUUGGGCAGGUUUGGUAUAUGAACAUGUCCUCGGAGAAGAGAAAUAUACAUUCAUUGAAAAUGUUAAGAAUCCUUUUUCCUGCACAAUCUUGAUUAAAGGUCCAAAUGACCAUACAAUAGCUCAGAUUAAAGAUGCUGUACGUGAUGGUUUGAGGGCCGUUAAGAAUACCCUUGAAGAUGAAUCUGUUGUCUUGGGUGCUGGUGCAUUUGAAGUUGCUGCUAGACAAUAUCUGAUCAACGAAGUUAAGAAAACAGUUGAAGGGCGUGCACAACUUGGUGUUGAGGCUUUUGCUGAUGCGCUUCUUGUGGUGCCUAAGACACUUGCUGAAAACUCUGGGCUUGACACUCAAGAUGUGAUUAUUGCCCUCACGGGAGAGCAUGACAAAGGAAAUAUUGUGGGGUUGAGCCUGAAUACAGGUGAACCUAUAGACCCUGCAAUGGAGGGUAUUUUUGACAACUACUCUGUGAAACGCCAAAUCAUAAACUCAGGGCCAGUUAUAGUAUCUCAGUUACUGGUGGUGGAUGAAGUGAUUCGUGCUGGGCGUAACAUGCGGAAGCCAACUUAGAUGUUCUUGAAGCUUUCUCUUUUGGAUAGGGUGUGCCGUAAACUGAAUAUUCUCUCUAUUUCGAGGUGCCUGCAGUAUUGGUUGGGAUUGUUAUGACUCACUUAUUUUAAUCUGUUAUAAUGAAAAAGUUUCUGGGUUUUGUUUUUCCCCAGUUUAUUAUUUCUUUCAAUGAUCUAAUCAUGUAAGUGUAUUGUGGCUGAAUUUUGGGAUCCUUUUGAAAUUUGUAAGCAUAAUCUAUUUUGUAGAAAAUUAGUUGAGAGAGUGCUUUUACCUCGGAAAGUUGCUUGUUUUAACCAGCAACAUAAGUCUCGGGACUGCAUCACCUUUAUAAUUUUGUAUGAAACCUGGAUAACAUUGAAUUAAAAUAGUUGAAAGAUUUUCAUUUUUAA